AAACUCUGAAGUCCAGAGGUUUAUUUCUGAUUAGUCUGAACAACAAACACUGGAAUAGUGAUGCUCUGACCUUUGCUCUUUGUCUUUGAAAGCGGGUGGGGAAAAUGGGGAUUCAAAAAGCAAACAUUUGAUGGUUAGACCUGAAAAGGCCCAGACUUAGCCAAGGCACAUAUUUUAGGAUGCAAAGGAUGGUGCUUCUGCUAAUUCUAGUGGUGCUUGUCGGAUCAAUAUGGGCCCUCCAGAUGGACCCCGUGAUGGGAAAGGGUCCAGUAACAACACAGGAGAACUUUGAUUUGAAACAGCCAGUUUAUUUAAAAUAGAUUUUUCUUUGUGUUAUUAACCACCUCUGUGAAAACUUUUUACAUUUGCCACAUCAGUUCUCCUGCAGAUGGCCUGGAUGUAGAGCAAGGUUGUGUAUCUUCCUUUCAGUUUACAGGACGGUGGUUUGAAAUAGCUGCGGUGUCUACAUGUCCUCACUACAUGCAACGCAAACAGAGAAACCCUAUCAUUGUGGUGCUGGAACUGAAUCAUGUCCCUCCUCAGGACAACUUUACAAUGACAGCCUCCACCUUCAGUAAUGGCACAUGUAGGGAGACAUUAACAGAUUUUAGUUUGACCAGCACUCCAGGGCGAUUCUUUCACCAUGUUUCAAGAUUUGGAGCAGAUGUCGAUUCCUUCGUCGUUCACACCAACUAUAAUGAAUACGCUCUGUUGCUGCAGCUGAGCACAGAGAAACCAUCAAGAAAUCAAACCACCAUAGUCAAGCUUUACAGUCGAACUGUAAGCGUUAAUCUUCCUGUUCUGGAAAAAUUUAAAGAACUCAUCAGACAUCAUGGACUGAGUGAAGAGGCUAUUAUCAUAAAUCAACAUGAAGGGAAUUGUUUUCCACCUGAACAAUGGAAGGAGGCAGCUACCAGCCAUCAGGUUUUUGUUCAUGAAAACUCCAAACUGAAUAUUUCUGCAAAGGAGAAGCAAGGUGAUGUCUGACCAGGUGACAAAUGGGUCAGUGGUAGAAAUUUGCCACAUUGGUUCACAUUUGACCGGGAUGUUAGAGACUCUACAUGAAACACAGCAGUAGGAGGAAAAGAACAAUGAACAACCUAAUGAGUAAAAGCCAUUAACUACAUUUUUACUGAUAAUGGAGUGCAGUCUUUCAAUUUCUCUGUUUUCUUUUUUAUAACAAAGUCUGUAUCUUAUCUUCAUAAAGCGUUUUUCUUUGCUUUAGAUUUUCCAAUACUUUGGCUGUUGAAAGUUCCACAGUGAGAACGCAGUGAAGCAGCUGAUUUUGUUUGAACAGAACAUAGUGUUUUAUUUUAUGUAUCUCAUCAUUUUUUUUAUUUCUUGUUUUAUUUUUUGUCGUUUUUUGUUUUUAUCAAAAUAGGAUUUACAUUUUUUUUACUUUAUUUUGUCUUUCUUUGUAUCUUUUUAAUGAUAUGAUAAUAUAUGUAUGUAUGUAUGUAUUUAUUUUGUAUGUCAGUAACUUUUUAAACAACUCAAUGGUUGUCUUGAAUUAAAACGCAUAACGAUUAUAUGUAGUAAUAUGAAGUAGUAUUUGGUGUUGUUGCAGUAAUAUGCAUAAAAGUAUGUUUUUAUGUUAAAGGGUGAGAGAUUAUAUGAGGAAAAAUUAAGAUGACC